CAAAAAUAUCAAAUGUUAUUAAAAUUUAAAAUUAAAUUUUGAAAAUAUAUUGUUUUUAUGACAUAUAAAAAAUGUUGCGACAACAUAAUUUUAUUUUUAAGUAUAUUCCGGUAGUUCAAAUGAAAUGUUCUAGUAGGACACUCGGAUACAGGAACUUUUUUCGUUAUUUAAAAAUAGUAUCACCUAGUAGUAAUAAGUUACAAACACUUGCCUCAAGUAUCUCAGAAUACAAACAAGGACAGAAACAGUUAGAUCUAAAUGUAUUAACUGAUAUAUACAAAAACGUAAAUUUUGAAAGUAUAUCGAAUGAUGAAGGACAAGUUUUACUACAAUGUUGUGGGUCUCUAGCCAUAAAUUCAUCGCAGCAAGAAAGAAACAAACUGUGUCAACAUAUUUACGGAAACCUCGCCAAACAUAAUAAGCUGGAUGUAGAUGUGUACAAUACAUAUAUCGACAUUUGUACACAAAAUAAAACUUUAAUUAAUUUUAAACAGUUUUUAGAAAAUUUAAAAUGUGAACCUCAUAAAAAAACUUAUAUGUCGUUAUUUCAAAAUGUUUGUGAAUGUGGGGAUAUUAGUCAAGCGUUUCUCUUGUUAGAAAUGAUGAAGAGUGAGAAUAUACCAGUGGAUGAAGAAAUUUUUAACAAUUUGGUCUUAGUCCACACUUUAAAUGGAGGUAUAGAAGCUGCUGAGAAUGUUUUGGGAACUAUGAAAGCUGCGCAAGUGCUAGAAACUACACAAACCCAUUUAGCUAUUUUAAAAGGUGUAAUCAGGAAUAAGAAUCAUAGUGAUUUAGAAAUUUUUUUGGCUAAAUAUCAAGUUCGACUUGAUGAAGAUCAAUUACUCCUAAUACUGAAGGAGAUAGGAUUAAAUGGAGUCAUUAGUUGGUUGCCAGAGAUGAAUCCACUUUUUAAAGAUCUUUCCUUGACAAGAGACUUUAUUAACAACUUGAAAAAUAUUUGUGUUCACUUUGUACAUAUGAGCGAACCUUAUUCAGCAAUGAAAAUGUUUAACUACUUCCAACAAGAACCUGAGGAACACUGUGGAAUUUUUAUAUUGGAAGAAAUGUUGCACUCUAACAUAGAAUAUGAUGAAUGUUUAGCUGCUGUUAAAUUUUUCUGUGAUAACUACACGAACGAGUAUGUCUAUGAAAGAUUAACCGAAGUUGCUUUAAAAAACGGAUAUUACGACAUUGCUUGGAGACUUUUCGAGCAUUUACAAGCUUUAAGACCUCAUUUUUUCUGGCCCUUGUUCCUUAAUGCCAGAGAUGUCGAAGGAGAAGCAGGUAUCUUCAAAGUUUUAGACCAAGUAAAAAAGUUGGGUGUUCAGGUCGAUACGGACACUGUGGAGUAUUAUAUAUUGCCCUUUUGCAACCUCGAAGACGUAAAAUCCGUCGUGGAAAAGAUGAAAAAAGAAGGUUUUACUGUGGUGUCAGUUUUAGGUCCGUUAGUGCGUGUACUGUUGAGAAGGAAUAAAAUAAAAAAGGCUGCUGAAUUAUGUGAACACUACAAGGUUAAUAUCGGCGGUGACAAAUUAUUCCAUUUGAUUUGUACCUCAUGGCGAGCCACAAAAAGUCCCCUGUUAGUUACAGUACUAAAAAAAUAUUGUGAAUCGAAUAAUAACGACAAUGAUACAGUUGGAGAUUUUUUAGGCAAGUCGCUGUCAUCCUGCAAAAACAAAUACGAUUUUCAGGAUUUUUCCAAGACGUUAAAGGCCAUUUUUGAAGCCAAGUUAAAAAUAACAACUACAUCGGCAGAUCUUUUGCGAGAAAAACUUCAAGAACAAUUUGGAGAGAAGGAAAGUGAAUUAAGUGAACAAAUCUUAGACGGAAUUGAUAAAAUUUUGCAGUUGAAAUUAAAGACGGAGAAAAGUUAUAUUCCACAUCCGCGUGAAAUGUCAGUAGAAGAAUUAGAGUGCCACUUGGUUGAAUUAAUGGAGAAGGGCAUGGAAACCCGAGGAACUCUUCGAAAGCUAAUACAGAUGCACGUAAAUCUCGGUAACGUGACUAGAGUGGAAGAACUUCGGAAGCAAUUUUUAGCACACGGCUACGAAGAAUCCGUAGGAAUGAAGUCGUCGUUGAUGCAUAGUUUUGUAGUGAAUGGAAACACCAAAGCUGCUUUAGAUCUUUAUAACGAAAUUACAACUCUUCAUCCAAAUUUUAUAAUAGAUAAUUAUAAGUCGAUCGAUCUAGCCACGUUGUUAGUGAAAGAAGGUAGACUUACGGAGGCUAUAAGCUUAGUGGAGAGCAUUGGAUAUAGACCAGAAUUUAAACCUGCCUUAGUACAAAGAAAUUGUGUUUUGUUGUUAAAUUCGUUUAAAGAUCAAGCCAAACAAACUGAAAUGUUUGACUUAUUAAUAAAAAAGAAGUUAUGUGUAGUCAAUAAUAUUAUGCUUGGGCCACUAGUAAGGAUACUACUAGAAAGGGGUGAAUUGGAAGGGGCCGUAAGUACUUUCAUCACAUUCGCCGAAAAGCACAAAGUUACACCGCUACUGUUCGAAUUAAUAAGAGACAUAGCUUUGACCCAAAACGAAGAGUUACUACAGACAGUUUUAGACGUUUCAACCAAAGUCCACGGACCCGUAUCGACGCAAGUGAUGCUGAUAGCUGUGUUGGCCGAAAUUGGGGAAGAGAAAAUUUUAAAGAAAUUAUUUGCGACGACGCAAAUCCCAAUCCAAAAAGAGCUGAAGAAAAGGUGUGAGAGGUGGAUUAAAGAAGGCAAGGUGAAUGCCUUACUAACUUUAGCGAAUAGUUGUAAUAGAGUAUCCAAUGAUUUAGUUGAUAUUGAUUUCGUUUACCAGUGUAUAAUCAAAACGUUUGCCACUAACAAUGACUGUGCAGCCGCUGUUAAGUUUUAUGAAAGAUUAUUAGAUGAGGACGUUCCUGUUAAUAGGAAACUAGAACGAGAUUUAUACCAGUUCCUUAAACAGAAUAACUAUUCGGUGGUUAAUCCAAAAUAAACGAUAAUUUUA